UGAGAUGUAGCAGAGGAAAUCAAUACGGAAAUUGAUUAGAUUUGCCAGCUAUAUAAUCAAACAUUAAAACUGGGACGAUUAUAGGUCAAUAAUCCAUGCUGCAAUUUCUGUGUUUCAGAUAUUCAGUUAUUUCUGUGACAUUCGGCAAGCACCAGAGGCGACCAGAUCUAAUUACGUUAAUUGAGUUUUGUGUGGAAAUAACAACAUAUGAUGGUUAAUGCUGGAUUGCAGAGAACGGAAGAACCUUGAUGGUAUUCCAGAAAAGCAGAGGGAGAGGGUCGUUGUCAGAUGAGGGAUGAUUAGCGAUAUUGUGUGUGUGUUGCUUAUCAUUAACAUAAUGUAAAAGAGAAGAGAGGUGCUUCGCUGUCUGCUCGCCUGCUUUGUACUGAUGUCAGAGAAUGUAACCCUCCUCUGAACACAGACCAAGUUCUCUUGUGUUAUAUUGGUGUAAAAUUUGAGUACUUGUUCAUUUUGAGAUUUAUUCGAUAAAAAUUAUUUUUCGUGAAACGUGGAAGUGAUCAGUUACAAACCCGGAUAUAAGUCUGGUAUUUUGAUCCUGAAGGGAUAGUUACAGAAAUUACAUGACGUUUUGAUAUAAAUACAAUCUCAGGAUGAGUGAUUUCGAUGAUUUUGAUGAUAAGGAUAUAUUUUCGGACACGUUCGAUUUGUUGGAAGACAUCAAAGCCGCAGGAUAUGAUCUGAAGAAAUCGAAAUUCUUUAACACUCCGAUCGAGAAGAUAUUCGAGUCUCCAUUUUUUACAAGAAACCGAAAUCGGACUCGAGGAGAUUCCUCAACAUCAAGAUUUCCAACGUUUUCGUCAAAGUCGUCAAAAAAGUCAUCGUCGACGACAGAGUCUUCUGAGACGGAUUCUGGUGACGAGAUUUUCCAUUCAAAAUCCUUCAAAAGGUCGGAUUCGACUUAUUCUACUUCUAGUCAUGACACGACAAGUUCCGGGGAGACGAUGUCUGACGCUUCGUCCACUCGGAGUAAUCCUAGAAAAGUGUCCAUCACACGACAGAUUCCAGUGCAGCAUUACGUCACGUCAAAUAAAAACUUUCGACCUGGGCUAUCUAAGAACGAAUCUGAGAAAAAUGAAAAACGUCCGAUGUCUCAGGAACUUCCAGUGCAACACUUUGUCACGUCAAAUAAAAACUCUCAACACGAGGUAUCUAAAAAGUUAGAACAAGAUUCUGAGAAAAGUGAGCGACAUUCAAUGCCACACGAACAUCAUUCCCGAUUAGAAAACGAGGCAAAUGAUAGGAGACAUCAAUCGAUGUCUCCAAAACCAGUUUCAGUUUCACAAAGGCAGGACAGUUCGAGUUCACAGUGUUUUCGAACUAAAUCCAUAGAUUUACUGAACAAAUCUGAAGUUAACUCUAGUCAUAGAGACAGGAGCAAAUCGAACACGCCUGAAUUAUGUAAUAUUAGUCGAUACGGACAGUCCAAAAGUCUUCCGGAUGUAUUAAAAAAUGAUAGAAUGUCACUGCCCUCAAAUGUUCCGAAGGUGGGUUGCGAGAAAGGGGAGCAACCUACUUGGGACGAAAGGCAGGGGCGAAUAGAAGGUGCCUUAAAAUGGCUGAGAUCGGAAUUGGGUUUGUUGAGGGCUCAGGAUAAGGUGCUCCUGUCUCAGUUGAAGAGGUGCCAGGACACGAUAGAGGUGAUAAAGAAACAGAGGUCUGAGGAGAUGGAGGAGGGCGAGGAGGAGGAGGAGGGGCACUGGGAGGACUGGGAAAUAGCAGAAUUUGACAGAAGAUGUAAAGAAGGGGAGAUCAUUGAUGAUAUUUCUCCAUCAUUCACCAGAAAGACAAUUGAUAUUCCCCCCAAUGUGGCUGAGGUCACAUCAUGAUGUCAGCGUGUUAUGUAACACUACAAGGAAGUCUCAACUAUGCUGCUACAGCAAAAUAUUGUGUUCAUCUAAGACAUGGCAAAAAAAUUCAAUUAGCCUCAUAUAUCUAAAGAAUUCAACUGAUGCAGCUUGUUAAGCCCUUCAAGUGCAUAACAGACAAUAAUGUUUUAGCUUUUGGACGCAGUAUCACUCUGCAAUGAGCUAAGCAGAGGAGCUCUCACCCAUCAUAUCACACUUCAAAGAAAUGUCUGUGAAAAAAAUGUGAGAUUUGUUCGAUGGUAAUUCAAUGAGAGAAGCAUUUGAUGCAUGUUUUUCAAGUCAAAAAGCAUGGAAAUCCAUAAUCUUCUAUAAAUAAUUCAUAUGAAGUGAUGUUUUCUAGGAUUAUAAGUGAAGACGGUGCAAAGCUUAAGUGUUUUCCAUUACCAGAUGAGAGAACUCUUUUACACAAGUGAAGACACCACUCCACUAGUGAAAGUAAUACACUCCUCCAAUGCAAAUUUAAUAUCAUGAGCAAGUUGAAGAGACAAAUUCAGCAUAUAAUAGCUUCAAACCUGGAGCAUGCAUUUUUUUUGUGGUAUUAUGCCAUGAUAACUUUCAGUGCCAAAAUUGUAAAAAAAAAAUUAUUUUUUUUUAAAAAGAAGGAAAAGAAACAUUACAAAUGUAUUGUAAUGCUCAAGAAUUUCUAUAACUUCAAAUCUCACUUGAGCCACCUUUUAUAAAAGCAUAUCAUAGGUUGAUAUUUAUAAGGACUCUGGAUUCAGCAUUCUUCUCAUAUAAUAUAAAAAUUUAACUUCAUGUGUAUAGAAGUCAUUUAAGCAGAGUAUCAAAAGUCUAAUUUUCAGGACAAUGCCAAAGAAAUUUAUACUCAGGACUUCAUCUGAAGUACACCUAUUUGAUACUUGUCAUAUUUUUUUUUUAUACAUUUGUCAUUCAAUCCAUAAUGAAAUUAAAAAAAUAUAUAUGUUUUUUAAAAAUAGCUUUUGCAUUGUUUCAAUAUACUGCUAUAUCAGUUGCAGCACAUACUCAGUUUAUUUCUGUCCUUGAAGAACGUCAAUGUAACAGGUGUUUUGUUGUUGAAAAUGGAAUGUUUUCAUCUUUUUUGUAAAAACAUUAAAAUACUGAAAAAAAUUAAACAACAAUUUUCUUGA